UAUAAAGGCGAUAGAAAAAAUUAUAGUCUUAUUAUAAACAAAGUUACAUUUCUUUUAAUAAUUUAUUAAACAUUUUAAAAUGAAUUGGGUAAAAAAAUAUUAUGUUUUACUUAUUGUAUUGUAUUCAUUAUUUUUCAGAGCUUUAGCGGACAUUGAAGAUUUGCCAGAGGAUUAUAAAUAUCAAGUAAAGCAAAUUAAAACGAAAGUCUACGACAGUGAAUUUAUUGACUUUUUCAGUGCGCUAAAAAUUCCAUUUGAUACGACUGAAUUUAACGAAAAUGAAGUAUCACUAUUAAAAAGUCCAAAUAGCGAUGGUGAUAAUAAUAUUGAUUACAAUAAAAAAAAGGUGUUUCAAAAAUUUGAAUCUAAAAUAGAGUCUUUACAGUGUACGAAUACCUUAAUCAUUAUGGCAAUUAGAUACGAUAUACAAACUACUAUGUUAACUGUCGAUGGCUAUGCUGACGAUGAAAAAUUUAUGAAAUUAAUAGAUUAUAAAAAUAUUUUAGAAAAUAUGAUGUCUGUAUUGUAUUUUGCUCGUAUUAAAGCUAGUAGUUUAAUUUUUAGCAUUUACAUGCGAUUUUUGCGUGCAAUGCCUGCCAAUUCACGUAGAAUGAUUGAGAGAAAAAAAUUCUUUGAAGAUAACGAUGAAGAUAAAAUAAAAGCUCAUUUUAAUUAUUGUCAAAAUAGUAUACUUCUUCCAAAAAAGGGUGAUACUGAUGAAAGUUCAUAUUACGAACAACUUGAAGUUUUAGCAAUAACCAAAGAAUUAUACAAAAAUCCGAAUUUGAACAAUAUUUAUAACAACAAAAAUAUAUUCAUCCAACAAAAUUUAUUACUUUGGUUUUUGUCGAAUAAACUCCAUGUAAUAUAUGGUAACACAUUUAAUUAUGAGAAAAUUAAAAUAAAUGUCAUGCAUUUCUCAAAUUUACAAUUUCGAAUUAUUUGUCGCUAUAAUACAUGGCUUAACCCUAAUUAUUCUUUUUUAAAAUACUAUUCGAUAAUCCAAAAUUUUGUUUACAUUAAUAUUUUAACAUACGCAUUGAUUCAUUUACAAAUAUUCCAAGACAUUAAAAGUUUAAAUGAAAAAAAUGUUUCUACUAAUGCCGAAUCAAAUAUCUCUGAAAUAACAGACGAUCCAAUUAUAGACAAUCAGCACUUAUGGAAAAUUAUCGUAAACCCAUUAAAGGAUGCUAUAGAGUUAUUGUCUGAGGAAGAUAGUUUAAUAAGAACAAUUUUUGAUUUUAUUUCAAAUGAUUCACCGAAAUCAUUAGAAUUGAAACAAUUAGAGUUCAAUGCAAGAUUUGUUCACUCUCGAUUAUUACAAAUUUUGGAAGAAGAAAGUAAAAAACAAAUAAUUUCUAUCCCAUUAUACAUAAAGAAGCGUAUGGAAUUGAAAAUUAAGUUUGUAACAAAAGAAAUUCAAAAAAAUACUUCAUCUUUCACAAAUUACGUGAAAGAGGUUAAACAAUUAUUAACACCUAUUGGAGGGAAUUUGUUUUUCAUUAAAUUUUUUAGCGUUGACAUUCUAACUUCUUAUAAUAAUCCACCUUUUCCUUUUAUUAAUUAUUCAGAAUAGAAUAAUAUAAAUUUUUUUAUAACAAUAGAAGCUUUCACUUAAUUAUUGUUAUUGUAAAAAAAAAAAAAAAAACCUAGUAAAAUUAAUAACUUUUUAGCUUCACAUAGAAGCUAGAAUAUUUCAUUAAAAUAUUGUUUCUAUAUUUUAAGAAAUAUCAUAUGUUAAAUACUAAU